AGGUCGACCUCUGACUCCUCUCGCCACAUCAGCCUCCAGGAAGCAACAAUGGGAAGACACAAGCUUUAUCUGGACAAACUGGCCCGGACCUUCCAGAUCCGAAACUUGCUCCUCCGUCAGGCGCUGGCCGAAUGCCUCGGAACUCUCAUCCUCGUGAUGUUUGGCUGUGGAGCAGUGGCCCAGCAGGUUCUGAGCAGCGGAUCCCAUGGCUUGUUUCUGACUGUCAACUUUGCUUUUGGCUUUGCCGCCACCUUGGGCAUCCUUGUCUGUGGUCAAGUCUCAGGCGGACACCUGAACCCCGCUGUCACCUUUGCCCUCUGUCUCCUCGGCCGGGAGCGCUGGAGAAAGUUCCCCAUGUUCUUCCUCUUCCAGACCAUCGGCGCUUUCUUCGGAGCUGCGGUUAUUUUUGGCAUGUACUACGAUGCCCUGUGGGACCAUCCCGGGUGCUUCAACGUCACGGGACCUAAGGCCACUGCUGGCAUCUUUGCUACUUACCCCGGCAAACAUCUCACCAUCGUCAACGGCUUCUUUGAUCAGAUUAUCGGCACUGCGGCUUUGAUCGUUUGCAUCCUGGCUAUUGUUGACCCGUACAACAACCCCAUCCCACAAGGACUGGAGGCCUUCACUGUGGGCUUCGUGGUGCUGGUCAUCGGCUUGUCCAUGGGCUUCAACUCUGGUUACGCCGUGAACCCUGCCAGAGACAUUGGCCCGCGUCUCUUCACCGCCAUGGCCGGGUGGGGCAGCGAGGUGUUCACGGUUCGAAACGGUUGGUUCCUGGUGCCUCUCCUUGCACCCUUCCUGGGUACAAUCAUCGGGGUGAUCAUCUAUCAGAUGAUGGUCGGCUUCCACGUUGAGGGAGAAGUCCGGGACCGGAUCAGUGAGAAGGAGGAGAACGUCCGGCUCACCAACGUUACAGCCAAUGACAACCACAAAGAAGCUCCCAAGGAAAUGCUUUAAAGCUGUUUAAGGCAUGUUGUAAAUAGAUUUACAUCGAUUAUACUGUAGAUGAUUGUGUAUGUUAGAGGAGAGGAACACAACACAGAGAACACAGAAUUACAUUAAUUCUUCUUUUUUCUUUUAAGACUUUGGAUCUUAGUGUACGCAGCACUCCAGUAUUAAAUAUUCCAUACCAAGGUUCUUUAAGCACGGAGAGCAGGUAUAUACGAUCCAUGUACGAGAUUAGAGGUACCGACUCAAACCACUUAUUUUGGUCGUCCAAAGCCUUUCAAUUUCAUUGCUUUUGCACUAGAACAGUCUUGACAUUCAUCAUGACUCGUCUCACAACAAGUGUUAAGAGACGCAAUAACGUAAAGGGUUGCUGGCUUCGUCUGUCUUUCAGUGACUACUAGCCACACGCUCCGUCUUUUGCCUUGAUGUGUCAUAUAUUUAUCACAUUAUUUAGCAUUUUCUGAGCUGGGCUUUAAGCUCAUAUGCUUGUUCAUAUUGCUCAAGUACCUUAUGCAUUAUUGAUCUUUAGUACCAUUCACUUUACUGCAAUGUAAUCUCAACAAAUGUGUACAUGAUCCUAAAUAAUUUCUGAGUUUCAAGCCAACAGAAGAAUCCAAAAUUGAAGCAUUGGAGCACAGAUAUCUCACCAAUGAAUGCAUUUAUUUCAUCUGACUUUCAUCUCUUUUUUUCUCAACUGUUAAAGGACAAAGUCAACCCAAGUGUUAAAUGUGAAUCAUUUCUAAAUUAUAUAUUUAAGCUCUGAACUAUCGCACCAUGUUAAUCAUGCAGGUCUGAUGAUGUUUGUUUUUGUGAUUGGGAGCUGAAGGGAACCCUGAGCCUCUUCUGUACUGAAUGUAGGUUAAAGGAAAAUGCUUUUGU